AAUUUCGAGAUCAACAUGAUGAGAACUGCAAUUUCCAAAAACAACUCAAAUAGCAUAGAGAAUGUUGCAUUCAUCCUGGAUGAAGACGGCCUCAUUGACUUCGCCGAUAUAGAGAUCAAAGAGACGCUGGGAUCGGGAAAUUUUGGAAGAGUGUACAAAGCAGAUUAUCUUGGAACCGAUGUAGCCGUCAAGGAGGUGUGUAUAUUCGCAGAGUCAUAA